GCAUUUUAAUAAGAAAAUUUUGUGCCCUUGAAAUGAUCAUUUUACUCGCAAGAUAUAUCCGUAGAUUCUCAAUUAAAAAAUCGAAUAUGCUUCUCGUCUCCACAGCCAAGGUGAUUUGCAAUUCGGUUACGAGGGAAAGCAAACAAAGUCGAAGCGCCAACACUCAUCAACCAAAUUGGAAUCGCUGGAAAUGGCGCCGGCAGCGACCAAAGGAACGACUCCAACUGUGAGCUCGUCGAAAAUGAGUUCAAGGGUUUUGCUCUACUCCAUUCUUCUCACUCUUCAAUACGGUGCGCAGCCUCUCAUCACCAAACGUUGCAUUGGGCCAGAAGUUAUUGUGACUACAUCUGUCUUAACGUGCGAGCUAGCAAAGGUUAUAUGUGCCUUGAUUCUCAUGACAAAAGAUGGUACUUUGUGGAAACAAUUCAAUAAUUGGACCUUGGUUGGCUCAUUGACUGCAUCAGGACUUCCUGCAGCUAUUUAUGCACUGCAAAACAGCUUGCUGCAGAUAUCCUACAAGAAUCUUGAUUCACUGACCUUCUCCAUGCUGAAUCAGACAAAAAUAUUCUUUACUGCUUUCUUCACAUAUAUAAUAUUGAGGCAGAAGCAAUCAAUACAGCAAAUUGGGGCCCUAUUCUUGUUGAUCAUGGCAGCUGUUCUUCUAAGUAUUGGUGAAGGCUCCAGCAAAGGUUCUAGUACUGAUGACCCUGACCAUAUUUUAUUCUACGGAAUUGUUCCUGUCUUGGUUGGAUCUGUCCUCUCAGGUCUGGCUUCUUCUUUGUGUCAAUGGGCAUCUCAGGUUAAGAAGCACUCGUCGUACCUGAUGACUGUAGAAAUGUCUGUUGUUGGUAGUCUGUGUUUGUUAGCUAGCACAUCUAAAUCUCCAGAUGGAGAAGCCAUAAGGAAACAAGGAUUCUUUUAUGGAUGGACUCCACUAACAUGGAUCCCUGUUCUAUCAAAUGCUCUUGGUGGAAUUCUGGUUGGCCUAGUGACAACCCAUGCUGGUGGUGUUAGAAAGGGGUUCAUCAUUGUUUCUGCACUUCUUGUUACAGCGUUGCUUCAAUUCAUUUUUGAAGGGAAACCACCUUCACUGUAUUGUCUCAUAGCUUUCCCUCUCGUCAUUACUAGCAUCUCAAUCUACCAGAAGUAUCCGUACAAAGUCAAAAAGAAGGAAGCCUAAUCCAUAACCAUUACACUGUAUCAGAUGCUAUAACAGUUGCUCAAGUAUAUAGCUUCCAUUGGCCUCUUGCAAAUCCUAAUUUGCGGUGCAGGAGUCACUGGAUUUCUAGAAUCAUCCCCGUAGAAUCAAGAAAGCAGCUUGUAUUUGCUUUCAUCAAUUUAAUGAAAUAUUUGGACUAGUUAAUUUUCUUCAUAAUAGAAGGAAAAAAUGAGUAUUCUUUUGGCUGAGACCUCUCUGAGCAUUGUCUAAUUGUAUGGAAAGAGUAAUAAAAUGAUAAGUUUUGUCCA